AUGGCCACUGUCACUGCUCCUGGGGAGUAUGCCAAGCAGGGGUCAAAGUCCAGAGGUUAUCGACACAAGGAGGUGAUUCAGCAUCAGAGGGAGGCUCUGUCAGAGAUGAGGGCCAGGAUUGGAGCCUUGGAGCAAACAUGGCCCCUGAAGUGCUUCACCCAGCAGGGGGCACCUAAGAAACAAGCAGGGAGUGAGACGAGCAAACUCAGCACACCGAGGUCUGCAGUGAGUGCCUGGCCACUCCAUGGAGCAUUGGGGGAGGAGACCCUGGAGCGCACAGCCAGACUGGACCUAUCAGACGCCCUGGACCUCAGCGAGAGGACAUACCUGGAUCUGGCACGGGCGCUGUGCGAGGCUCUGGAGUUGAGCGAGGGCCAGCUGCAGGGGUGUGUGUCCCUGCAGCACCUGCCCCAGGAGGAGAGGGCCAGUCUGGCUUCUUUGCGUCACGCAGACCUGGAGCUGCUCCGGAGCUGCAUGGCCCUACAGCACAGCCAGGCCCAGCGAAGUGAAACCCUACUGCAGCAGCAGCAUAGAGAAAUGACUACUCUCAGGGAGAGCCAGGCGGCGGGCCAGCAACUCCAGUCCAGGCUGGAUAUGCUGAGGACCGAGCUGGAGACGGAGAGCCAAGAGAGCUGCCUGCUCCGCGAGGCCUUGCGCCACACCCAGAGUCGUCUGGAACAUGAGAUAGACCUAAACACCAGGGCCGUAAAGAGCCGUAAGGCAGUGAGUGUGGAGAAAGUCCAGAGGAGGAGUGGGAAGACAGCCUCUCACAGCUGUGUCCGUACUGAGGCCGGCGACAAGGCGAUAGCGAAGACAUCCAGCCUGCUGGAGAGGCUGAAGAAGAAGGAGUACGAGGUGGAGACCCUGAAGAGGCAGCUUGGGAAGAAGGAGUUUGGCAAGAUGGCCUCCAAGCUGGAGCUGGCCAUUGUACAGCAGCAGCCUCAACAGGCCCCACCACUGACAGAGCCCUCCUAAUGUACUGUAAUCCUGCCCUACACUGGAGUGACUGGACACCAGGGGCAAGGAGACCGGCUCAAGGGUCCUUUUUGACUUGAACAGCGGAGGACACUCAUUACUACGAGACUAGUGAACACUGCUAGUGUGCGUCACACCAUAGAAUUAGAAAUAUAGCACAGCAGGUCUACUAGAACUCACCGUCCCAUUCAAGUCAGCGUCAGUCUAUUUCAUUGCUUCACGCGUACUGUACCGCUGCUUCUGGCCAUGAGGAAGUUUCUGCUGGUGGCUGUAUACUACCACACAUCAGAGCCAUUUGUUCUAUAUACUGUAUAGCUUUGCACCACAUCGUAAUGAGUGAAUGCCCCUAUAGAGAUGAUGGAAUAGUCAAUGCAUGAGCAUGUGGGUGCUAAUGAUGUGUGUUUCAAAGGCAGCUUUUCUCAGCUUCCCUCUGAGCUUUGAAUGUAAAAAGUCUGUCGGGCUAUAUCUGCCACAGCUAUAUUAUUUUAGCCGGAACACUUCACCGCUCUUGUUCAUCCAUUCACCACGGAAAAUGAGGCCGUCUUUAUGCACGACAAUACAAAUGCGUUCUUCUGCAGACAUUUCUGCCGAUACAGUAUAAUAUUUUGGUUGACACGUCAUUGCGAUAUCUCAGCAAUAAAGAAAAAAUGGCCAAGGCGUCCAUUUGAGCGGCUAUUUCGGGAGUGUGAGUGCUAAUGACAGGAAUAUGCCCCUGAACCGCAGAUACAAAGAAAAAAGGAGUCUGUUAUUCCUCCUAUCUGCAGUAGUCCUCCUCCCCCACUCCCGCCCUCCUCGCUAUGCCUCGAGGUUGUUGUGGUCCGUUAUCGCAGUGGGCAGAGAGAAAAGCUGAUUCAUUUAUUCAUCAUCAGAGCCUUUUCUUGCUCACAGCAGCACAUACCGUCACAGUCACGUGAGCAUAGGAUGAGAGAGAGUGGUUUGUGUGUAUAGGUGCGUAUGUGUAUGUGGGAAGGUGUGAAAGGGUCAAGCGUGAGCGAGCAUGCGCAUCAGUGUGCUGUUUUGAGUGCGUGUUUGUGACGUGUGGCAGUGUUCAUGACGUGUGUGAGUGAGUAGGCCUAUGUGUGAGUCUGUCUCGGUUUGUGCAUGUGAUUGUGUAUGUGUGCAUGUGCAAAAUCUAUUAUUCAGGAUAUUAAUCCUCCAUUGUUCUACAUAAAGCAGAUGCCACAGAUAAUAGAGCCAGUACAUGGUUUGGUUUCUCUCUCUAUUUGUUUGACUCAAUUCCCAUAAGGCAAGGUUCCCAAACUGGCAGCCUACCAAGUGAUUUUAUUUGGCCCCCCAAGUUUUCUCAGCAAUAAAAAUAAAAAAGGUUUAUAAUUAUUAUUUUUUUCAUUUAAAUUUUAAUUUAAGACUGUAAAAACACCAGUAAAUCAGCUCAAAGUCAUUUUAAUUUUGGAAAUCUGUUCCAAAGUAAUCUCACGCAUAAUGGAGAAAUAUAUGUGAUCGUAUACAAAUAUAGGUUUGAAAUGAUUAUGCUUUUGUGAAAUAUGAUAUCUGUUUGGGUUUUUUUGCGAUCAAUUUGCAGUCUACAAAUUAUUUCUAUUAUUAUUUCAAAUUAUUAUGUUCCGGGCCUCUGACCGUCUGCUCGAGAAAAUAUUGUCCCGCAGCUGAAUCUAGUUGAUGAUCCCUGUCGUAAGAGAUAAUGAGGGCUACUCCUAAAAAAGCUUCUUGUCUUCCUCACUCACUGACCCAGAUUUGGUAUUUUAGUGCAUACAAGCAGAUGGUACACUUUUUUUGAUGGUACAAUGUUUCUUUGUUGCCUCCAGGCAAAAGUCUGCAUCAGUCUGUCAUCAUUGCUCCUCUCUGAUGUUUGCUAUGGUCUACCUACCUCUAUGGCCAUGUGCAUCAGUAUAACUUCACCCCAAUGCAUUACUACUUGUUUCGGUGUCUUUCAGACAUGUUUGUCACUCUAUGCACUUUUGUUUUUACUGUCUGGACCAUCACAGACAAACCACUGAUUCAUCUCCAGACGCCAUUAUAGUUUGUCUGCUUUCAUUAAUCAGGAUCAAUUAUGUCUGUUUUUAACAUGAGCAUGUCACUCACUGGCAUUGGUAUGCCUUUGAUUUCAGCUGGCAGUCCACAGCGCUGUGUUGAGUUGUUGCUAAUUAUAUGUGUUGACCUCAGCAAUUACUGCUCCUCCUCAGUCAGCCCCUUCUGAGUGGACACAACCAGCUAAUUGGCACUGUGCAGAUUCCAGCGUGUUCCUUAAAGGCACAAUCUGGGAUAUUUCCUGCUGUUCAAUGGUAAAAUCAAUUCAUUAUCUUGUUCUUGAGGAAUAUAACUUAAACAUUUUAUGGCCUGUUUAGUCCUUACAUUCGUAGCUGCGCCGAUGAAGUUGGCAGUGGUUGCAUUUCUACAGCUCCCAUCCCUCAGCUCAGUCACAAUGCUACUGUUUGGGCUGAAACUUAACACCAGAUUUUGGCUUUCAUCUUUUUAUAAUCAGCAGAGUGCCCCUGGUUCGCACCAUUGCCUUCGCAAACAGCUAGCUCAGCCACAGUCUCAGUGGCUUCCAUUAGCAAUGCUGAGUCAAGUUUGACCUCUCCUCACUGGUCAUUUACUUAAAGACUAUUCUGUUUUGUUUUAUUAUAAUGUAGGCUAUCUGUGUUGAGAUUCAUUCACACAGAGUUUGUAAAAGCAUUGAGGUUCAGUUGACCUACAUCUGACAGUAUAAAUAAGUAUAAAGUAUACAUAUGACAGUAUUUUCUGAUAAGCAGCCACUUCAACAAUAUAUUAUUACACUGAACAAAAAUAUACAUGCAACAUGUAAAGUGUUGGUCCCAUGUUUCAUGAGCUGAAAUAAAAUGUAUUUGUUUAUAUCCCUGUUAGUGACAAUUUCCCCUUUGCCAAGAUAAUCCAUCCACCUGACAGGUAUGGCAUAUCAAGAAGCUGCCACAGAUGUCGCAAGUUUUGAGGGAGCGUGUAAUUGUCAUGUUGACUGCAGGAAUGUCCAUCAGAGCUGUUGCCAGAGAAUUUAAUGUUAAUUUCUCUACCAUAAGCCGCAUCCAACAUCAUUUUAGAGAAUUUGGCAGUACGUCCCGCCAGCCUCGCAACCACGGACCACGUGUGACCACUCUAGCCCAGGACCUCCACAUCUGGCUUCUUCACCUUUGGGAUUGUCUGAGACCAGCCACCCGGACAGCUAAUGAAACUGUGGAUUUGCACAACCAAAGAAUUUCUGCACAAACUGUCAGAAACUGUCUCAGGGAAGCUCACCUGCGUGCUCAUUGUCCUCACCAGGGACAGCAGUUUGGCGUCGUAACUGACUUCAGUGGGAAAAUGCUCACUUUCGAUGGCCACUGGCACACUAGAAAAGUGUGCUCUUCACGGAUGAAUCGCAGUUUCAACUGUACUGGGCAGAUGGCAGACAGUGUGUUGUGUGGGCGAGCGAUUUGCUGAUGUCAACGAUGUGAACAGAGAGCCCCAUGGUGGCGGUGGGGUUAUGGUAUGGGCAGGCAUAAGCUACGGGCAACGAACACAAUUGCAUUUUAGCGAUGGCGAUAUGAAUGCACAGAGAUACCGUGACGAGAUCCUGAGGCCUAUUGUCGUGCCAUUCAUCCGAUGCCAUCACCACAUGUUUUAGCAUGAUAAUGCAUGGCCCCAUGUCGCAAGAAUCGGUAUCAGAAUUCCUGGAAGCUGAAAAUGUCCCAGUUCUUCCAUGACUUGCAUACUCACCAGACAUGUCAACCAUUGAGCGUGUAUGAAGGCGUGUUCCAGUUAACGCCAAUAUCCAGCAACUUCGCACAGCAUUGAAGACAAGUGGGGAAACAUUCCAAAGGCCAAAAUCAACAGCCAGAUCAACUCUAUGCUAAGGGGACAUCUGCUGCUUGAGGCAAAUGGUGGUCACCCCAGAUACUGACUGGUUUUCUGAUCCACGCCCCUAUCUUUUUUUUUAAGUAUCUAUGACCAACAGAUGCAUAUUUGUAUUCCCAGUCAUGUGAAAUCCAUAAAUUAGAGCCUAAUUUAUUUAUUUCAAUUGACUGAUUUCCUUAUAUGAACUGUAACUCAGUAAGACCUUUGAAAUUAUUUAAUGUUGCAUUUAUAUAUUUGUUCAGUGUAAAAAGGUACAACAUUUAACCCCUCCCAUCACAAAAAUGUUCCGGUUUGAACAUUUACACAGGUAUUCCUCAAAUAACCUUUUUGAAUCGGAAAGGUUGCCUCUGUGUGGCAAUUUUUAGAACCCCAAAAUGUUCUUCCAGGCUUCUUUACUUCUAAGAGUGUAAUGUACUCUGCAGAAAAGAAUCUCCUACAUUCAUUUGUUUGAACAUGUUGCUCCUCUAUGCCUUGAUAUUAUUGAUUUUGGGGAGUGCCAGUGCAGUGUUGUUGGACAUAAGGAAUGGAAAAGGCUUUGUUAGACGAAAGAUAUAGGAACAUGCACAGCCUGUUGUGUUCAUUAAUCACUGUGUCUAGUUUUUACUUUACUGUUUGAAAUAAAAUCAUGUUUGUUAUUGCACUGGGUCAUGGAGAAUACAGUAUGCAUACUAGAUUUGCUUGUGGUACUUGGAUCCAUUUUUUAAUUCAGUUGAUUUAUGAUUAUCGUUUUUCCAUUUAGUAUCACUAUUAUUAUUGCAAUGUAUUGAUAGUAUUCAUCCCUGUUUGCUUAAUCAGUACUUAUACUUGUUUGUUCAUCUAUUUGUGGUGCACUUAGAGAUGGUUUAAAUGACAAUCACUGUCAUUUGAUUAAAUAUGUUAUAUAAGCUGUUA